AUGGGAAAAGCCGGCCGUGUCGCGUGUAUCAUCACGCCUUAUCUCUUAACGAUAGCCACUUUGAUUUGUAUUAUCUUCGUCGGUCUGGGAUGUACCAAGGCUAGCUCCAGCACCUUGAACAACAUCUACUUCAUGCGGAUCGAUUUAUCAAACCUUACCAAUGGCACAAAAACAACCACUGAAAUCGAGAAUAUUCUCAAUGAGUUCGACAUCACCAGUGUUAGCUCGUCUGACGUCAAGACGCUGGUCGACGAGCUGGCCAGCAACGAGGAGGACAGCCUGAUCAAGGAAUACUACGAUAUCGGCCUCAUGGGAUACUGCGAUGGUCAAAUCAACAACAAGAACUACAACACCACCUACUGCUCCAGCCCUAAAUCUGAGUUCUAUUUCGACCCGGUCUCCGUCUGGGGCCUGUCUAGCUCCGACGUCUCGGAUUUGCUGCCCGACGACUACAACAAGGUCAUGAAGAUCUACAAGGCCGUCUCCAAGUGGAUGUUCAUCGCCUACGUGAUCGCCUUCGCCGUCACCAUCCUCGAAAUCCUGGUCGGUAUCUUCGCUAUCUGCAGCCGCUGGGGUAGCUGCGUCACCACUCUCUUCGCAGUCACCGGCUUCAUCUUCACCGCAGCCGCCUCUAUCACCUCAACUGUUGUGUUCUCAGUCUUCAAGAGUACCCUGGGCACUACCCUCAAGGCUUACGGCAUCGAGUUGUCCAUGGGCAAGAACAUUUUCGCCGCUACCUGGCUCGCCGUUGCUUUCUCUCUCGCCGCUACCAUCUUCUGGGUCUUCAGCGUCUGCUGCUGCUCCGGCCGCUCUCCCUACAAUCACAAGAACAAGGGCAUGCGUGGUAACGGUUUGACCGCUGAGAAAGCUCCUUACACCUACGAGCCUAUCGGUGCCGGUGCCCAGCCCUUCGGCCACCAGCAGCCUACCUCUUACCCUCCUCCCCCGCCUAACUCCUACCCCAUGACCAACCAGCAGCAGCAUCAUGCUAGCCCUUACGAGCCCUUCCGCCACUCUUAA